GAUAGGUUGUUCUUUAUGGUAGUUGGAAACAAUGAUCAACACCUGAGUUGAGUCUCUAAGAGAAACGCACCAACAGCCGAUCAACCUCGGACGCCCUCUUGUCGCCAUUGCAAUAAAACUAACGGGAACCUGCGGUAGGCCACACCUCUCAGACACCACGAGACAGAACCAUGUGCAUGGUCGACGCAAUCCACCACAAGUGUGGCAUCUGCCACGCCCGCCUAGGCAAGCCCCGGCACCGAAACCUCGAACAGUGUUUCGCCGCCCUCGCCGCCGAGACCCCACACCGCGGCACCCUCCGCGACACCGUUCUGGGACCCGCCCAUUCGGACCCGGCGCCCCACUCCUCCGGUCUCGAGUUCCAGGUCCUCAAAACGGCACCGGCGUACACCCUCACCGAGCCGCAACACCGUCUAUAGAAGCU